AUGCUUGACGAAAGUAUUGUAAAUAUUAUCAGAGAGAACCAGAAUAGUCUGGAAACGAUCUUGGGGAUUCUGAAGAGCGAUCUUCGCUAUAUUAAUUGCCCGGAGCUUGCUUCUUUUAAGGAGUUUUUGCUUCAGAUGGGUGCUUCUCUAGAUAUCCCCGAUGAUAUCGAUCAGAUGCAAGAAGAACCCAAGGAGGAGGAGGAGCCUCUCCCCCAGUUUGAUUCUGAGCCUUAUCCUGAGAUCCCUGAAGCCAAAGAGUACUCCGACGAAUUGAUGGACGCUGCUCAAGCUGCCAAGGGAAAGGCUGCAGAAGCUGCCGAGCGUGGCGACUACUCUUCCGCUAUCGACUUCCUAACGGAGUCCCUGCGUAACCAAUUCUCCAACCUGACGCUGUGUCGUCGAGCGGAGUACUUACUGAAACUGGAUCCUCCUCGUCCCAAUGCCUGCAUCCACGACUGCUCUUUCGCUCUCAACAACAACCCGGACUCGGCCAAGGCUCUCAAGAUCCGUGGUCGUGCCUACGCGCUGCUUCAGAAAUGGUUGGAAGCGGCCGCUGAUCUUCGUCGCGCUUGCUCCAUCGAUUUCGAUGAGGAAACGGACCGUCUUCGCAAGGAAGUGGACGAGAAGGCGCACGAGAUCGAGAACCGAAUCCGUGCUGCGGAGAUCGCGAAGCAGCAGGAGGAGGAGCGCGCGAAGGAGGAGCGCGCGAAGGCGUAUCGCGAUCGUGUGAUGAGAGAGAAGGAAAUGAGAGCCAAGGAGGAAGAGGAGGAGCGUCAGCGAGCCCAGAACGCUGCCUAUGAGGGAAUGCCUGGUGGUAUGCCUGGUGGCAUGCCCGGAGGAAUGCCUGGUGGCAUGCCCGGAGGAAUGCCCGGUGGUAUGCCUGCUGGAAUGAGCGAACUGUUCAGCGAUCCGGAGAUCGUGGCUGCGAUGCAGAACCCGAAGAUGGUGGCGAUUAUGCAGGACAUUAUGAGCAACCCGCAGAAUGUGUCCAAGUACAUGAGUGAUCCUGAGUUUAUGGCUCUCUAUUCAAAACUAAUGGCGAAGAUGGGUCAGGGAAAUGUACAUUGUCGUGUUUGUUGA